AUGCCGGACGCCGCAGCGCUCGUCGGAGAGCCGACCAAGCCCAAGAAGAACCACUCGGGGCCCCGCAAGCGCCGACCCAAGAAGAAGGCGAGCCUGUGCCCGUCCGCCGCGCCCUUCACGCCCACCAAGAGCUUCACAUCACUCUUCAGGCAUCCAGAGCUCAGCGCCGAGGAGCGAGCCGUGAUCAGAGGAGAGCAGGAGCAGCAGGCGGCCGAGCGCGCCUAUUGGACCCAGUGGGUCAUUGAAGCGGCCGAGAAGGAGCGCGCGCGGAGACUCAACGUGCUCAAGCAGCUGCAGUGCGAGGAGGAGGAAGAGGUGCAGCGCCGGCGGCAGUGGGCUAUCGCAACCAUCGAGAAGGAGCAAGAGGCCAUGAUGCGCGAGAUGUUCCUGGACAAUAUGAAGAACACGCAGUGGUUCCAGUCGACCAUCUCGCGCUUCUCCGAGGACUACGAGGUCGUGUGUCCCAACAGUUGGUUCGGCUGCACGUUCAGCUGCAUGCUCAAGGACCUAGAGUCGCACCUGGAGCGCUGCGUGUAUCGGCAGGUGCCCGACACGCUGGAUCAGGUGGUGGAGGACACGACUACGGACUUCUACUCGUACGACGUGGUGUGUCCAAACGCGGUGCUCGGGUGCAAAGAGAUCUGCUCAAGAGAAAACCUAGCGGAGCAUCUAGCGAACUGUCCAGUGAACGGGAUCUCUAGAGAGAAGGAGUGGGAGGAGCGGCUGGAGUGGAGAAGAAAUGUCAUCCAAGCGACGGAAAAGGAGCGCGAGCGGCGGAUGGAUGAGGAGCGAGCAGAAGGAGGCGAGAACGGGGGUGGACUGUCGUUUGGAAAUUUGCAGAGACUUUACGAAGAGCAGACGGCCAUGAUGCAGGUCGUGCUGCAUGAUGAGAUUGUGGAUUAUUACCAGCAUCGAAGACGGGAGGCACGGGAAAAGCGUCCCUGGAUACAAAAAGCGAUUGCGAUGGUGACCGAAGAAAUUCAACGCGUCUAUAAUCACUGCGUACAGGUAGAAGGAUACGGGUCGUUUGCGACGAGGCUGCACGGCGAAUCAAGCGAUGUCGAUCUGGUUGUUUUUGGCGCUACGGGGGAGUUUAAUUUUACUAGCCAGCAGUGUGUGGCGGCUCUUGCUGAGCAUCUACACAAGUUGCCAGCAUUUGUAGAUGUGAGCGCAAUCACGCGCGCGUCCAUUCCACUGCUGAAAGUGGUGGUUUUGGUGACAAUUGACUGCGAGGAGACUCAGAGUGAGAACGCUGCGCGCGAAGGUGGAGUUGAGCUGCGGAUUCCGUUCGAUAUCACAUUUGAUGAGCCUCAUGGCAUUCACCACAACGGUGUGGCAAGUGUUACGCUGGUACAAGGUCUCGUGGACGCAUUUUACGGCUUGCGGGAGCUAACACUUGUGUUGAAGCAUUUUCUGGUGGAGCGCGGGCUCAAUGACCCGUACGUUGGAGGUUUAUCGUCGUAUGGUCUUCUGCUAAUGGUUGUGUACGUGCUGCGAGAACAAGGAGCACUCAUUUCGAUGGUAGACGGACAAAGGCUUGCCCACGACCUCGCGGAUGAUGAUGACCUGAACGAAUCCAAGCCAGCUGCCCCGCCGUGUAACUCUCGCUGGAACCCGCGAUACGAAGCUCAGCGCCUGAAAGGAGAGCUUAUCGCCAAGGAAAUUAUCAAGCAGUGCUCGGCCAAGCAGCAGCCAAAAAAGAAUGAAGAUGCAGAGAAACAGCACAGAAGGAAGGCGAAGCGUGCAACCAAGCCGUACCUGCUGGGCAAACUGCUCAUGGACUUCUUGCAGUUUUACGGGAACGACUUCCGGCAGAACCUCGACCAGGUUUCAGUUGUGUCGUGGGGCGAACCAACGGUGUUGUCAGUGGAAACAUCUCCGAUUGCAAGAUCCGUCUCGCCGCCGCCGCUCGCUUUAUCUCCUUCUGCAACAUCUCCGACUAUGGGGCGUUCCCGCUCCAAUUCGCCCCUGAUGCUGGUGCCGCCUCUGUCUCGUGACGGGUUGCUCAUCAUUGAAGACCCUUUGCAGCCCGACAACAACGUCGGCAAGUCGUGCUACCGCGUUAGCCAAGUUUUCCGAGAGUUCUCCGAUUUCUUGAGCUUCCUGACUGCGUUGAUCGUGCGGGGGAGUGUGAUGACCACGGGCAAGAAGAAGAAAGGAGACGUGGCGGCAAGCAGCAGCGCUUCUCCGCCCAGUUCUACGACUGCUGCAACGCAUGAACCAACGUAUCGGAUUUUGAAGUCGGUGUUUGAGAUGAAAAAAAGAGAGAAACGCGCUAGCUCGGACUUCUCUUCGCCACCACGUGAACAGACAACCACUACACAGUCUGCCUCCUAG